UCCACCCACACAAAAAAGAGAAACAAUAACAUUUCCGGCUUGUUAUCCGCUUUAUCUGGCCAAAAUGAGGCUUCAACGGCAGUGCAUCGUUGUCAACAUGCGAUCGGCUAUUGUCCUGAUCAUGAUCUUCGUGCUGACAGGGAUCAGGAACAGUGAGACGGCCAGCGGGGGCAACCAAAUGGAUUUGACGGACUCGAAAGGCGAUCAUAAGGACAACAGCAAUGCAAGCAAUGGCAAUGGGAAUGCUAAUGAUAACGAGGUGUAUGUGCCACCCUUGGUAUCCAACAUGGUGGUUAAAAAUGGAGGUAGUGGAAGUGCGGGUGGACUUUUGGACAAUAUCACAGCCUACAGUAGUAGCAAUGGUAACAACAAUAAUAUGCUCUGCCCGUAUGACAAGGACACGCCCUGCGAACGCCUGCACUUUCCUUGCAUCCGAUGCAACUACAACCAUGGAUGCGUCUACGGUCGGGAUGUAAAUGUUUCCUGCGAAGUUAUUAACAAUGUCCAGUGCCAAGGUGAACGGAGUUUCCAGCGGCAAAUGAACUGUCGCUACUGCUACCAAACGGAAAUGUGGCAACAAAGCUGCGGCCAGCGUUCGAGUUGCAAUUCCGCUACGGAUAAACUAUUUCGGACCAACUGCACCGUACACCAGGAUGUGCUAUGCCUGGGCAAUCGGUCCUUUACUCGCAACCUACGCUGCAACUGGACGCAAGGCUAUCGAUGGAGCACCGCCCUGCUAAUUAGCCUCACUUUGGGCGGCUUUGGAGCCGAUCGAUUCUAUUUGGGUCAUUGGCAGGAGGGGAUUGGCAAGCUGUUCAGCUUCGGAGGCCUCGGCGUCUGGACCAUAAUCGAUGUUCUGCUCAUCUCAAUGCACUAUCUGGGGCCAGCGGAUGGUUCGCUUUAUAUAUAAAUUUGUUUUAAGGGGUUGGGGUUUGUAAUGUGUAAGAAGACUGUAAGCCAAAAGUAUAGAUCGUAAGCUUAUUUCCAUUACCAUGUACAUAAAUAUUUAAAUAUUAAAUACUGUAUAGAAAAUGUAUCCUUCUGAUUAUACUUAUCAGGUUUUUUUUUUUUUAAUUUUGUAAUUAACAAUAUUACACUUUGAUCGUGCUAAUAAAAUAAAAACUGAUAGCAGA